UCUCUCGCUGUCUCUCUCACUCUCUCGCUGUCUCUCCCAGAUCCCAGCUGAGAGACUCACUCUCUCUCUCUCGCUGUCUCUCUCUCGCUGUCUCUCUCACUCUCUCGCUGUCUCUCUCACUCUCUCGCUGUCUCUCCCAGAUCCCAGCCGAGAGACUCUCUCUUUCUCCCAACGUCUCCGAAGUUGAUCGAACUUCGAGCCUCCACUCUCCACGAGCACCAUCGGAGAGGACCUCACUCACUCAUGGGGUGUGCCGAGUGCUGUGUGCGCUGUCUGGGGGGGGUCCCGUACGCCUCUCUUGUGGCCACGCUGCUCUGCUUUGCCGGCGUGGCGCUGUUCUGUGGCUGCGGCCACGAGGCGCUGGGCAACGCGCUGGCGCUGCUGGACGACCACUUCCAGUACCCGCACCACGACAGCCUGCUGCUCUUCCAAGUGGUGGACGUGGUGCGCUUCUGCAUGUACGGCACGGUGGCGGCGUUCCUGCUGUUGGGCAUCCUGCUGUUCACCGAGGGCUUCUUCACGACGGGCGCCGUGCAGGGACGACACGGGGACUUCAAGACGACCGCCUGCGGGCGCUGCAUCAGCGCCAUGUUUAUAGGACUCACCUACCUGCUCACGCUGCUCUGGCUGGGAGUGCUGGGGCUCGCUGCGCUGCCCGUCUUCCUCACCCUCAACAUCCGCGCGUCGUGCCAUGCGGCGCUCACCACCUCCACCACCUCCACCACCUCCACCACCGCAGCAGCAGCAGCAGGGUCAAGCUCACCCACGGUGUGCGUUGACCUGCGCCAGUACGGAAUCCUACCAUGGAACCACUCGACGGCCGUUCUGUGCGACCGAGCCCUGGAAAACAUGUGCAACACGCAGGAGUUCAUCCUCGCCCACCACCUCUUCAUCGUGGCCUACGCUGGGGCUGCCGCCACCGUCAUCGCCAUGAUCCACUACCUCAUGGUGCUCACGGCCAACUGGGGCUACGUGAAGACCUUCGCCGCGUCUGCCUCCUCCCCGGGGCCAGCGGCUGCCUCCUGCGGUGGCGGUGGUGGUGCCCAGCAGGCGCCGCUGGGGGCGGGAGACGCGGAGAUGGGAGACCUGCACAACGGCAAGGGGCUCGCAGCCACAUCCCAAGACCCCUGAGACCCCCUGGGACCCCCUCAAGGGGGUCGCCUCCCAAGACCCCUGGAACCCCCUGGAACCCCCACUAGGGGGUCACUUCCCAAGACCCCCUGAGACCCCCUCGCACCCCCACAAGGGGUCGCCUCGACCCCCGCAAGACCCCCCUGAGCCACUCGCCACGACCUCCGACCCACGAACCCCUGAAAUCCCUGAGUGCUUGAGCCCCGCCCCCUGUGACCUGUGACCCUGUGACCUGUGACCCUGCGAAGGGUGCACCUCCUGGUAGCUUGACAGCGUGACCCAUGACCCCUUCAACCCAGCCCUGACCCCCCUGAACCUUGACCCCCAACCUCUAACCUCCCAUCAGUGUCCGUGACCUCUUACCUCCGUGACCCUGGCUACCCCCGUGAGCUGUGACCCCUGUGCUGUUGCUCAAUAAGUGGUGACCUUUAACCCCUGAUCCUUCUGACCCUCAGUGACCUUUCCUGUUCACUCCAGCUGUAUCACCAUCCCCAUCACACCAUCACGCCAUCACACCAUCAUACCAUCGCGAUCACACCAUCGCCAUCACACCAUCACACCAUCACCAUCACACCAUCCCCAUCACACCAUCACACCAUCGCCAUCGCCAUCACACCAUCGCCAUCACACCAUCCCCAUCACACCAUCGCCAUCACACCAUCGCCAUCACACCAUCCCCAUCACACCAUCCCCAUCACACCAUCGCCAUCGCCAUCACACCAUCGCCAUCACACCAUCGCCAUC